ACUCUCCCCCAUCAAACUUUUAUUAACCCCUCUCCGCGUUCCCAUCACACAUCAUUUCACAUCAAUACUAAUACCACUCACUCACUCACUCCAUUCCAAGUUUUUUUCCAACAAAACAACCUCAAAAACCAUUAUUUUCCUUCCUCCAACAAAUAUGUGUGGUAGUCAUGUCUUAUGGACGAUGAUGUUUUCUUUUGUUAUCGUGACAAGCACGUUUUUUUCACUCUCUCACCAGCAGCAACAACAACAACAACCUUUGGAUCCCUCCGAACAAAAUGCACUCUACGAUGUUCUUCACUCUCUCAACCCCACCAUUCCCUGGCGCAACCUCUUCCCCGACGAUCUCUGUCUCUCUGCUCCACACGGCGUCGUUUGCGACUUUCCUACUCAUCAAAACGAAACUCCUCACGUCGUUGAACUCAGCUUCGGCUACGUCUCCGACGAAACCCCAAACCCACCUUGUUCCCUUAACGCCACACUCAAUAACCCUCUAAUCUCCACCUCUUUCCCUUACCUCCGCAAACUCUUCUUCUACAAUUGCUUCAACAAAACCCUUCCUCCUCCUCUUUCUCUCCCUUCUUCACUUGAAGAACUUGUUUUCAUUAACAACCCUUCUUUCGUUGCAGCUCUAGAUACCUUUCUUCAAAACCUCACUUCUCUCAGGAGACUCAUUUUGAUCGGAAACUCCUUUCACGGUGAGGUUCCGUUUUACAUUGGUGGUUUUCUUAAUCUGGAAGAGGUUACUUUGUCUAGAAACAACCUUAGUGGUAAAAUCCCCGCGAGUUUGGGGUUGCUGAGGAAGAAUCUCAAGGUUCUUGAUCUCAGUGGGAAUAACCUCUCACAAUGUCUCCCUCACUCGCUUGGUAAUCUUUCCCAGCUUUUGAAGCUCGACUUGAGCUUCAAUGCGUUUGGUUGCAGAAUCCCUGAGAACUUGAGAGGGUUGCAGAGUUUGCAUUUUUUGGAUUUAAGCUUCAACCGGUUCGGUAGUUUUGGGGUUCCUAUGUUGUUGGGGGAGAUUCCAACGUUGAAGGAAGUGUACCUGAGUGGGAAUUUUCUCUCUGGGGUGAUUCCUGAUAUAUGGGAAAAUCUCGGGGGUGUUGAAAAAUUAGGUUUUUCAGAGAUGGGUCUGGUUGGGAAUAUCCCUGCUUCAAUGGGGGUUCAUUUGAAGAAACUGAGAUAUAUUGGGCUUGAUAACAAUAACCUUGAUGGGUCUGUGCCUUAUGGCCUUUUGCAGUAUGCUAGUGAGAUCAAUUUGGAGAACAACAAAUUGAGUGGGAGAGUGGAAUUGUUCUCAACAACAACAAAAGUAGGACAAAAGGUGAAGCUUGCAGGGAACAAAGGACUGUGUGUGGACAACAAAGUUGUUGGUGGUGGUGUCUUGGGUCAACAACAACUGAAAGCCUGCAAGAAAACUGAUGUUCCUGAUGCUGUCGUUUUCAGUGGGGCUUCUUCUCUGCUGCUGGGUUUUGAUUCUCUCGCUGGGGUGGUGGUUGUUGUCUUCUUUGUCUUCAUCUUCACGGGAUUUUGAAGGUUUAGUUAUUCGUGUAGAGAGAAUAGGUUUUUGUCUUUUAGACUCUCAUGGGGAAGGUGUGUUCUUUUUUACCAGUAAAACAACAACAGAAAGAAAGAGAGUGCAAACAGACAUGUUUAUUCUGACUAGGAAAAAGGUUUUUUUCAAUUAACAAGUGUAAAGUGCAAGUGACAGUGUUGGGGGAAGAAAUAUGCUUAGAGAGUGUUGAGGGGAAACUGUUAAUUAAUUACUUUAUUCAAAGUUGAAUAUAUAUGUUAUUUAUUUAGUUCGUCA